AUGACGAGCAAUGAUGAAGAUAUCAAUUAUGAACUAACACAAAUUCCUUGUGGAUUCAUCUACCAGUUCCAGCUCCUGAACACUUGGGGCGAUGAUUACUACAUUGGGUUAAGUGGAAUAGAAUUUUACGACAGAAAUGGCGAAAAAAUUAAUUUAAAUCUAAAAAAUUUAGCGGCCUAUCCUCCGAGUAUAAACUGUCUAGAGGGGGUGUUCAACGACAUUCGCACUGUCGAUAAGCUGGUCGACGGAUUCAACGACAGUCUAGACGGCAAGCAUUCAUGGCUCGCCCCGAUUCUGCCCCAGACGAUAAAUCGCUUGUACGUGAAGUUCGACCGGCCAAUGAAAGUUUUGAGGAUAAAGAUGUGGAACUAUGGCAAGACCCCCUCGAGAGGGGUCAAAGAUUUCAACUUACUGGUCGACGAUCUACUUGUUUACAACGGACGCAUGCAACAACGCGAGAAGUGUGCCAAAGAAUUCGACACAAAGUGCAAAACGAGGUACCAUACCAUUAGUUUUACGAAGGGGGAACAACUUAGUUUGGAACAUCAAGCCGCUACUGCUGCUAAUAGUAAUAAAGAUAGUGCGGAUGAGAGUAGGUUUGAGAUAUCACACAAUCGGCUGUUGAUAUUGGAUAGCAGAUCCAAGAGUCCCAAUAUAAUUGAUCAAACCACUCAUAUUAAUACUGACGAACGCAACUGGGAAUUUUAUCUUGGGGGAUGA